AUGAGUGAAGCUCUUGGUAGACGAGAUGACAUUAUAGAGACCUCUAACAUAACACGCUGGAAUUUUACCAAACUUUUGGAACAUCCCAAAGAAUAUGCACCAGAGGAACCAAGGUCUCCAUUUCCAUUGAGAAUUGAUCUGAAUGCUAAAAUAGCAUUAUGGAAAGGCAACAUAACCAAGCUGAAAGUGAAUGCCAUCACUCAUACAACAAAUGAACAUAUGAAUGAAAGAAACCCAGACAGUGAUGAGCUGUACAGACAGGGGGGAGAGGCUCUCUACCAAGAGGUGCAGGAGGAUCUGAGAGUUUGCAGAACUGGGGAGGCCAAGAUGAGCAAAGGUCACAGCCUGCCGGCCAGAUAUGUUAUUCAUUCUGUGGGGCCUCGGUACAACAUAAAAUAUGUCACAGCUGCGGACAGUGCUCUGUUUUCCUGCUACAGAACUGUGCUACAGAUAUGCAAGGAAUCACAUAUCCGCACAUUAGGCCUUGGUGCUAUUCAUACUUUAAGAAGAAACUAUCCACCGGAUAAAGGAGCCCAUAUUGCAAUACGUACCGUGAGACGGUUUUUAGAGAAACACCUGGAUGCAUUUGAUCUCAUUGUUUUUGUUUGCAAUGAAGAAAAUGCGCAAUUUUAUCGAACCAUUUUACCUUUGUAUUUCCCCCGCGACUCAAGUGAAGAAGAAUAUGCUAUCGACAAUUUACCUAGUGAUAUUGGCAAUGAAGAAGGGGAGCCAUUUAUCAAAGAGAGACAAAUCAGAAUUCUGGAUAAACCAACCUUUGCUGCCUUGAAGGCCAUAAAUUCUGACUUUGAGCAGACUGUUGACCUCAACAAAGAGUUCUUUCAGUCAGUGGCUACUGAUGUUGGUCAUCAUCCAUUUGCCAACAUGGAGGAAAACCCUGACGUAAUUAAAACCUCCAAGAUGCUACAGGCAACCUCGUUGGAGCAGAGAAAAAAGGAAACAAGGAGAAGGUAUGAAAAUUUGAUGAAGCGAGCCAAAGUUGAAGACCUGACAGAUAUCGCAUCACUGCAGUGUUUGUACCGUGGUGGAGUUGACAGAAUGGGUCGUCCUAUCGUUGUGUUUGUGGGCAAAAACUACCCGGCUCAUACUGCAGAUCCAGAAAAGGCUCUUCUCUACUUGAUCCGAGUGAUGGACUCUGUGGUAGACAGUGAUUAUGUUAUUGUGUACUUCCACACAGAGACAACUGGUCGCAACCAGGUAGCCAUGGCUUACUUUAAAAUGGUUUACAAUCUGCUGGAUCACAGAUACAAGAAGAACUUAAAGCAUUUUUAUAUUGUACAUCCAACAUGGUGGUCAAGGCUGGCAACCUGGUUUUUCACCACCUUCACGGCAUCUGACCUCAAGCACAAAGUUCAUAACCUCAAAGGAGUUCAAUUUCUGUUCACCAAGAUGAACCCUGACCAGAUUGAUGUUCCUCAGUUUGUUCAGGAAUACGAUAUCAAGAUAAAUGGCCCUCGCUAUGUGGUGACUGUUUCAAACUCAGAUGACAAUCUGUAA